AUGUCUUCGACGCGGGAGUUCGCGAGGAGGGCCCGCCUCGCCAGCCUGCUGAACACGGCGUGCGGUCUGGCGGUGCCCGACCCGGGGCUGGUGGUGGCCUCGCCGUGGUCGCUGAGGGCUCUGAGGACCUCGGCCGUCGUCGCCGAGCUGCUGGUGUGGGCGCACCUGCUGUCGCUCGGCGCGAAGCUCACCUCCCCGACAACCUCGGCUGCCCACCGCUGCAUCGGGGUCUUCACCACGCUCACCUCCGUCAAGCUGAUGGCGCUGUGGGGCGCCUCGGGCGAGACGAGCGAGGCGGGGCAGGAGCUCCGGAGGGCAGGAGUAGUCGGCGCGAUCCUCGCGUCGGUUUCGGUGGCCACCGCCUUCUCCUACUGCCUCAUGCCGAUCACGCCCGGGGUGCGCGAGGCGUACGGCGGGCGCCACUCCGCGCCCGCGUGCUUCUUCUUCGACACGUCGACAUCGCCGGGAUUCGAGGCGUCCGUCCUGUUCCAGGCAGCAGCCGCCAGCGUGACGGUGGCGCGCAACGUGGCCUUCGACUGCCUGUUCCUGUCGCUGGCGGGGGCGCUGGUGGCGUGGCUGCGGCGCCUGGCGCGCGACCUGGAGGCCGUCAUCGCGGACCUGCCCGACGAGGCGCCCGGCAGGGUAGUCGCGGCGAGGCUCGGCCCCUGGGUGCGACGGCACCAGCUCGCCACCGAAUACGGCAUGGAAUUGCAGGCACUCUACUCUCCGACAUGGGUAGUUCAGUUCCUGUGUGCAUUGAUCAUACUCUGCUUUACUGCGUUCUACUCGAUAGCGGUGUCCCUGAGCCCUCUGCAGUACGUGCUCGGCGUGGGUUACGCCCUCACGAACCUUCUGCAGCUCUAUCUGCUGUGCCACUGCGGCGACCGCCUGCAGGAGGCUAGCGAGCUGCUGCCGCGCGAGGCGUACGCAGCGCCGUGGUACGCGAGCGGCCGCCAGGCGCACUCCAGCCUGAAGGUGGUGUUCGUGCGCUGCCACCGGGCGCUGCGGCUGUCGGCCAUGGGCGUCGUCCCGCUGUCCUCGGCCACCUUCGAGUCGGUUGUGAAGACAACAGUCUCCUACUUCACGGUGUUGUGGAAGCUGCACACAGAGGGUGGCAACUCUGACGUCGAUCCAUCCAACGUCGCAAAUUGA